AGCUGUCAUCGUAAGAGCAUAGAAGAAGCAAUUGAUUUAAGGAAUCACGUGUUAGAUCGUUUCUAAUCGUUUAAUUCAAUUGUUCUUGAAUUCAAGUGAUCGGAAGGGGCCACGAUGAAUCCGUAUCAAACAAAAGGUGCUUUAGGUGGAAGAGCUAAGCGCAAAUACCAACGCAAAGGAAGACACUCACAAGUCAAAAUCAAAGAAGAAGUUGAUGUAAAAGUGGAGCCAGGAGAUGGUGUUGAUCUGAUUGCAUACCCACCGUUGUCACCACAAUCACCAGUCAAAGCCGGCGCUACGAUAAAAUCGGAAAGCGAAAGUGAUGGCGAGUAUGUGCCAUACGAUGCUGACUGUGUGAAGGACGAGAUCAAAUCGGAGGAAGGGGAAUGUUUGAAGAAAAAGCAUGAUGAAGCACCGAAGGCAAGCACAAACGAAGGUGGAAAUGAUGAUCCAAUUGGCGAUGAUUUAUGCGAUGAAAGACCAAACUCAAGCAACAAUCGUGAACAGCAUGCAAAAGGAAAGAAGCCAAAAGGCGGAAAAUCAAAGGGUUCCAAGAAACCAUCGAAUGGUCGAGCCACCAUUGGACAGAAAAAGCACAAAUUUCAUUUCUGUGAUUAUGUGACAAAUCAAAAAUCAAAUCUCACAACACACAUUCGAAGGCAUACGGGCGAAAAGCCCUUUGAAUGCGAAGUAUGUGCCAAGGCUUUUACUCAAAAGAGCAAUUUAAAAAGCCAUAAGGAAAUCCAUGGUCCAAAAUUUCCAUUUCGAUGUUUGAAAUGUGGACAUAGGUUCGCUGAAGAAACUGAAAAACAAUCUCAUGAGGAUGGAUGUAACCCACGACGAUACGAAUGCUAUCUCUGUGAAUACAAAACCUACAAAUCCUUCCACCAUGGUAAUUUGAAGUAUCACAUGCGAUUGAAGCACACUGGUGAUAAACCAUUUCAAUGUGCUACUUGUGGAAAGAAAUUCAUUCACAAAGGUAAUCUUAAUAGGCAUAAGUGCAAACCUCGCCCAUACCGUUGCAAACAAUGUCAUCGACCAUUUGCAAAAGAAGACGAUAAGGAUCAACAUCAAGAACACUGCAAACGUCGUUGCUAUCAAUGCUACCUUUGUAAAAAGAUCAUGCAAUAUACAACGCAUUUAACACUCCACAUGCGUAACCAUCACACAGGAGAAAAACCGUUUCCAUGCAAAUUGUGCAAUGCUCGUUUUCCACUGCUUGGUACUGCCAAUCAACAUAUGAAAAAUAUUCACGGUAUGAAGAAGUGAUCGUUCAUCUAUGUAAAGAAGUCAAAUCAAUCCGUAGAAGAAAUGCAAUAAAUUUGAAACAGCCGAAUUGUCAAA